AGCGACAUCACGUCCGGGAUUGACUGUGCUGUGGCUACUCAAUGUCCUCUCUUCAUGGAUGUCAUCGGUCUUAAGUCAUGCGUCGAGCCGCUCGAGGGUUACCUCUCUGAGAGCGGCGCAUUUGUCCAACAGCCGUGUUUGGCGGAAGGGUCUUCCCUGUUAUAACGUUCUCCAAUCUACAACGGCUCCGACGACGAAACUCUGUCAUGGCGGUCUCCAAACUCGAUCGUUUCGGAUCUUAAGCGUACUCGGGGGCCCGGACCAUCUCCGGUCUGGCUAUGUACAAAAUCAACAAUUGGCGACGGAACAUUCGGACACUAAAGGCGACGGUAAUCCCGGUGGCAACUGGUUCAAGUUACGUCUCCGAACCCCGUUAAAUCAGUCCUACAAUGGUUCCAAUGCGGGCCCGGUCUUCCCCGGCUUGAGAGUUGUAGACGUCAGAGAGCCAGGGGGAGAAUUGAGCGUUAAAUCUGUACUUCACAAAGAGGGCAGAGAUGGUGAUAUAGAUACAUAUCAGGAAACCGAGAUUGGGAAGGAAAGCAGGGCUUUUGGAGAAGGUGGAUGCCGAGAGGAGAGCGGAAGCCAGCUCGACAGCACAGACGGCCAUUCCAAGCCUCUACGCCUGACUAGACAUACAGAACCAUUGUCGGAGGAACGAGGAAAAGAUAAACACUUACGGCUGGAGAAGAAACUGCCCAACACACGCAAGCGAGCCAAGCGAACCGAAUCUCCCCUUGAGCCAACUCCUACGGAGUACCUUAUUGAUACCUUGCAAAAAGUGCAUCAGUCUCAUGGCGCCGGAAGCUGCAGCUGGGUCUAUACUACCAAGAACACUGGAAUCAUGGCUUCCUUAACACAAAAGCAACGGGACAAAUUCAAACGCUACCACCGGCUUUCAUUACAGAGAAUUGUUGCCGAUUACAUAGAGCUGGUGGAUCCCCUUUCGGAUCAAGCAACCUCGAGCAUGGAUUCUGAUUCACUAUCGGAGACAGAAGCGCUGCAAUUAGUUUUCGGCGAAGAUAACCUCAACUAUCUUGCAGCUCGACAAUACUCCGCCGCUGAUGUAGUGGCAUGGGCAUGGGUUCUCAAGAGUAGCACGCCUUACGAAGCCAUGCUUCGAGUUUUACUCUUAGAAGCGGAUCGAAGCUCAAGCCCAGAUUGUUCCAUCAAGAUGGUGCCGCCUUUCAUUCCCCUCCUUCUCCUGCGUCAGAGCCUAGACGCCAAGGCUUUCCGACUGCUCUUGGUCUAUUCCCUGCACCUUCUAAGCGGACGGGCUCUUCCGACCCCCAGCAUGGCGAUGGAAGCGAUAGCCGACGAUCUAGAGCUGGAGCAACAUGGUGUGAUCGCAAAGCCACUGAUAGAACCCAACAUGUGCGUGACUUAUGUUGUUCGGUUACUACAUCACGCUCGCGAGCUAUGGCCACAAGCCCAGCUUACUAUUGCUCGCGCCUUUGCGUUUUAUCUGGAUAGUCUCGAAAGUGAAGGCAAAGGUUGGACGGUCGCGACAGAACGAAUCAAUCAGUUCAUGGCCGACAAGUUCAAUACCGUGCUCCGGAUACUUUCCUUACCCUGCAGACACAAUCCGUUUACGUCCGCCUCACUGCAGCAACAAGCGCAAUUUGAGCUUCUUCGAGCCAUGGCACGACAUCAACCUGCUUUACCGGUGACACGUCGUGGAUACCAGGGUAUUGUCGCAGUUCAAAUUGCUCAUAAGAAGACACUAGCAGAACGGCAAUCUGCGGAGCUCAAAGCUCCAUCGUGGCCCCCUUGGAAGGAAGACAAGAUAGGGUUCGACGUCAAGAGGGGUGUUGAGGGUAUGAAAAGCCGCGCAAUGCGGGUACUGUCACAAAUGAAAGAGGCAGGCUAUUCACAUUCUCGCUGGGAAGAGGUAUCUAGUAUCCUAGCAGGCUGGGACACAGACAAAAGCCCAACAAUUCAAACGAGAUCAUUAGUACCUCGCCCGGAGACUGUAACAGGGCCCUCCGGGGAUCCCAAGCACCACGCCAUUUGGGUAGCUCGGAUCCGGGCUACGAGGACAGUGCGGGAAGCCUGGGCAUGCUUCCUCUCCUACCGCGACCAAGGACUGCCUCCGCGUGGUGCUAUUUACGCCGCAAUGGCUGAAAAAUUGAUCUUCCGACAAAAGAUAGCUCGACAUAACCUUCAUCAAAGCAGCCAAGCACUACCAGGUGACGGAAAAGAGGUCUUCGCAGAGCCGUCAUCUGUCCGAGAUUGGAUCUAUGUCUCUACGGAACCACCCACAUUAGAUGAUCUUCUUCGUGAAAUGCUCUCGCAGGGUAUCCGGCCCCGGGGAAGAUUCCUAGCUUUACUUCUGCGCAAUGCACCGACCUUCGGAUCGGGGUUGGACUACCUUCGUUGCAGUGACUUGACAAAGGAGCAAUUAGAGGAUUUGUGUACCGUGUCAAGUCAAAGAUGGGGCGAACAAGCCCAGGAGAACAAGACAUUGAACAAUUUUCCUGACUACCUCAUCUCAUCCUUCGUCGCAUUCCUGUGCAAUUUCUCUACUGUUGGGCAUCAUAGCAUGGCGCACUCUGAAAGUUCUGUGGGAGAUAUGUUUCCGAUACUCCUGGGUCGUCAUUCAACGAACCCUUCGUACUCGACUACGCUUUUUGCAUACUCCGAAGAGUUGAAGACACGCGAGGAUCUUCGUCACCCGAAAAUCCUGGCGCAUGCACUUAGUCUUCUCCGGGCGCAGCGGUCACGUUCUCCUCAGGCGUGGAUUCCAGUCAUAUCUGCCCUGGCCCGAGACCGCGUUGGUUCAACAUCUCAUAGACUGGGACGGCACGCACGCUUGGUAUUGUCCUGGUACGAAGUCUUGGAGCUCACAGCGUGGAUGGACAAGCGUCAAAUCGAGCUUAGCUUGGAAGCGUUCCAGAUCCUCUGCUACAGCUUUGCGCGGGUCGUGGUGGCGGGAAUCAAGGAUCCCGACGCGGUGGAGGAAGGGCUUGUAAUCGUGAGCGAACUCGCACGGCGAGGACGAUUGACCGGCAUGAAUCAUGUUUCGACACGAUUUGAGGAUAUGGUGCAGAGUGGACUCAACAUCCUCAAAUCCCGGUUCGAUGAGCUGGUUCUCCUUGACCCCAAGACGUCUUCUCUCUUCGAGCGAAGUAGAUCUUCAAUCCAGGAUGCUACAGCUUCUCAAGUGACCGUGCCAUCCUUGGUUCACGUCCCCUCACCCGCAGUUCUUCACUCUUUUGUGCGGGCGCUGGGCUUAGCCGAGGACACUGACGGCCUGCUGAGUCUACUUCGCUGGAUGCGGCAGUACGAGACUGCACUGAAGGAGAAGUAUGACGAGAACCUGAAUGGCGAGAGGAUGAUGCGGCGGAUCAUCGUCGCCGUCCGCAUGUUUCUGGAGGGAUACUGGGGAAGGUCACCCCAGGCGUUCCGGGAGUGGGAGCCGUCCAUGGAGCAGACACAUGAUGUGCACAUGCACAACGACUCUGAAGCUGACUCCGCGACAUUCUCCGACGCCAGCCUGCAGGAGGCAUAUGAUAUCAUCACUACUUCGCAAGUCUGGGGUUCAUGGCCGAGUGAUGAGGAGGUUUUGGAUUAUAUAGCUCACGGGGAGCAAGGAUCUCGCGAGGCGGGCGAUCGAUAUAGGCAUGCUGUACAUUAAUGUAAAUAGAACUGUAAAAUAGAG